AUGACUACCACAACCAACCCCGCAGUCUCAACGUCCACUACCCCCGACCUUCCCUCCCGUCCCAGCGCUCUCAACUCCGUAGUCAGCAACACCGCCUCCAACUACUCGCCGUAUGGAGCCUCGCGCCUUGGAACAGGCGUGUACGGAUCUACAUAUGGUGGUAUGGGUGCCAUGGGAUCCCCCUACUCCCGCUUCGGCUCCAUGGGCGGCAUGGGCUCCAUGUACGGAGGCGGUGGUUAUGGAGGCUACGGAGGUGGCAUGUAUGGUGGCAUGGGCGCUAUAGGGGGGAUGUACGGCGGCAUGCCGGGACAAGAUCCCAAUGAUCCGAACAGCCUGACGAACUCGUUUGGACAGAGCACUCAGGCCACUUUCCACAUGAUUGAAAAUAUCGUCGGUGCGUUUGGUGGCUUUGCUCAGAUGCUCGAGAGCACGUACAUGGCUACGCACAGUUCCUUCUUUGCAAUGGUCUCGGUCGCAGAACAACUUGGAAACCUGCGCACCACCCUCGGCUCAGCCCUGGGUAUUUUCACUCUCAUUCGGUGGUUCCGCACCUUGAUCGCUAAGCUUACAGGACGUCCCCCGCCAGCUGAUGCGACCGCCCUGACCCCCGCUGCCUUUGCGGCUUUCAUGGGUGGCCGCGCGACACUCCCCGAUGGCACGCCGGCUCCCGCCAAACCAUCCAAGAAGCCCUUCUUCAUGUUCCUGAUUGCCCUCUUUGGCCUCCCCUACCUCAUGGGCAAGCUCAUCAAGACCAUGGCCCGAUCCCAGGAGGAAGAGACGAAGCGCCGCCAACUCGUCGGCCCCAACGGCGAGCCGGGCUCAGCAUCGCUCGACCCGUCCAAGCUGGACUUCUGUCGUGUUCUCUACGACUACACCCCCGAGACCCAGGAGAGCAACGGCAUCGACCUGGCUGUGAAGAAGGGCGAUAUCGUCGCCGUCCUCAGCAAGUCUGAUCCGAUGGGCAAUGCCUCCGAGUGGUGGCGUUGCCGUGCCCGCGACGGCCGCGUCGGAUAUCUCCCCGGUCCAUACCUGGAGACCAUCCAGCGCCGGCCCAGUCAGAAGGCCAUCACCGCAGGCAGCGAGCCUGCUUCUCGCACCACUACCAUGAAGAGCGACCCUGUGGCCGAAGGUCGCACACAGAGCCUGCCAUCUCUGAGCAAGCCCGAGAUUAACAGUAAGAUUGGUGAUAUCUCGCCUGAGAGCUUCCAGAAGAGUACUUUCUACUCAUGA